AUGGCUGCGAAACAAGUGAUUGAUGAAAUAAAUGACUAUCUCGAGACAAAUUAAUCUGAGAAAAGCAGGCUUACUGAAAAUAUUGAAAAAGACAUUGAGAGAGUAAACAAUGACAUUAGAAAUGCUCAGUAUGACUUGAAAAGAUUACCAAAGGACAGAGAAACUGAAUUUGAAGAGUAGCUUUUAAAAUAAAAGCGUCAGAUUGAUAAAAUAAUGAAUCAACUGAAGAAAAAGUCAGGUUAAGGGAUAUAAGAGGAGUCGGAAAUGCAGGAUUUCGACUAAGAAGUGGAUCAAGAGAAUUAAGUUGGUCCAAAGUCUAGUCGCAGAAAGAAAAAUCAAAACAGUUCGAGAGCACGCAAAAACAACAUUUAGUUUUAGAACGAUAUUGAUAUAGAAAGAGAUGAAGAAGCUAAUCACCGCAUUGAGAAGAUAGACUAUAGAUAAGCAGAUGUAUAGGUAGUUGGAAACGCAGCCCUUAACAUGCAAGCAGAAUCAAAGAAAGCUCUCGAGAGGAUAUAAAAGAAUAUAGGUUAGAUUGACGAGCUGGCCGAUUAGCAGCUAUUAGAAUUAUAGAGAUAAAAUGAGCGUAUAAUGAAGAUAGACACACAACUGAAUUAGAUUGAAAGCACAUCGCAGAGAGCCAUGAAGUACAUUAGGUACUUUGGAAAGAAUUACAUGACAGAUAAGUUCAUCAUAUUUAUGGUUAUUCUAAUUGCUGGAGCUUUAGUAGGUAUUAUUAUUGCAGCUGUGGUCAAAGAUAAAAACUGA